AUGCAUCUUGUACUUAGGCUCCUCUGUACAAGUGUACUUAGAGGUUCUCUUUGGAGAAGCCAUGUGUGGACACUUCAUUUGAUAUCCCUUGAAACGCUCAUAUGCCUCAGCAAAUGUUUCACCCGGUUGUUGAGUGAAACUCGCAAUCUCAUUCCGCAACUAGCUGUACGUGAAGUCGGGAAGAACUUGGCCAAAAAUGCGUGCUUGCAUUGCUCCCAUGUCGUGACUGUUCCAGGUUGGAUUGAUGAUUCCCAAGCUAGAGCUUUCCUCCCAAGGAAAAUGGGAACAAUCUCAGUUUGA